AUGGUCCGCCACAAGAAAGACAACUUUGCGCGAGGAGGAGGCAAAAAAUUCAACAACCCCCGCCCCCGAGUGCCCCGCGGCGAUGAAGAAAAUGAGGGCCAGGUCUCUUCGCGACCUCCUUACAAGGCUGCUUGUUGGGACAUGGGACACUGUGACCCCAAGCGAUGCUCAGGGAAACGAUUGAUGAAGCUUGGUCUAAUGCGGGAGCUCCAUAUCGGCCAACGGCACUCAGGCGUGAUUGUCUCGCCAAAUGCCAAGCGGAUUAUCUCUCCUGCCGACAAGGACCUCAUGGAACAAUACGGUGCUGCAGUGGUGGAAUGUUCUUGGGUGCGAGUCAAGGAAGUGCCUUGGUCGCGGAUUGGCGGAAAAUGCGAGAGACUGCUUCCCUACCUAAUCGCUGCCAACACGGUCAACUACGGCAAGCCCUGGCGAUUGAACUGCGUGGAGGCGCUCGCCGCUUGCUUCGCUAUCUGCGGUCGCUUGGAAUGGGCAGAAGAUCUGCUCAGACAUUUCAGUUAUGGGCAAGCUUUUUUGGACAUCAAUAAGGAACUUCUGGCUCGCUACGCUGCCUGCAGUACGGAAGAAGAUAUCAAGAGGACGGAAGAAGAAUGGCUGGCUAAGAUCGAACGCGAGUACGAAGACAGCCGUGUAGAAGGAGGAGAUGAUAUGUGGACCAAGGGUAACACCAAUCGGUUGCCUGCGCGGAAUUCAGACGAUGAGAGCGGAGACGAAGAUGACGAAGAGGAUAGCGAAGAGGAAGAAGACAAAGAUCCCUUUGCGAUCUCCGAUGACUCCGAAGACGAAGAGCAAAUGGCUGAGAUUCGCCGCAAGAUCUUGAAUUCGAAAGCGUUCCAGAAUGAGCAGAAUGAGCAAGAAGACGAGAAGCAACCCGAGAAGAUCGCUCGGCCGCAGCAGCAGCUGUAUGUGGAUUCCGAUGCUGAGUCCGGCUCGGCGGCAAGCGAGGAUGAAGAAUUCGACAAUAUCAUCAAUGCCACUACCGUCACUGACCGCACCGGGAUCAACGCGAUUCAGCAGCGGAGAAAACAGGAGACCAUGUCUGCAUCUUUCUCUCGGGCUGAGAUUUCUGCCCCAAAGAGAUGGUGA